GGUCCAGAGCACUGCGAGGCCCACCAUUGGAGUCCAUCCCUGUCCCCCGACAUCAGGGGUUAGCGCAAGUUCCGCAAAUUGCGUCGCCAAAUCGACGAAGAUGCCGGCGGUGCAACAUCAACAGCGACUGCCUCCUGUCUACGAAGCUGGAGACGACGACUUUUCCGACGCCGACGUGCACUACAUCUCGCAGGACAAGUCGCUGUAUAUUAUUUCCGGGCAAAGCUAUGUGCCUGCCUUGAUCAAAGCCCCUUGCGAGCGCGACGAUAGCUGCGCAACCCAACAGCGACUUCCUCACCGCAUUGGCAUACCACUACGCCUCUCCACCCAGCGAAGACCGCCCCGACCGCUCAUGGCCACCCUCACCUACGCCCAAGAUGCCCAGCAAACGUUUGGCGCUCCGCCUGGCAGCCCGCCGGACCUCACAAACUCAAAGUCGUCCAAGUCGUCCAGCAUCCACUCGUCCACCCUCCUAGACUUCAUGGGCACGACGGAGAACCUGUCGCACUUUGAGGACAUCAACCUGGACGAAGCAUCAGGUGGGCCCUCCUCCUUCCCCAUGCCUGCGAGCCCGUCUAAUCGCAUCCUCUUUGAAGCCCCGCGAGCCUCGCUUUCCAACAGGAGCCUCCCGCAUUCCCACUCGGCCCACUCCUUCCGCGACCUGACCGGCGCAACCAAGCCAAAGUACCCGAGCUUGAAGGGCCCCGUCAACCAUGCCGUGCGACAACAGGCCCAGCUCUCCGCCCCAGGCAAGCAACAGGCCAGGAGAGGCUUCACUUCGCCCUCUGUCCCAUCCCUCUCGAGCCUGAGCCUCGCCGCCCCUCAACGCUCCUCCCGAUCACCAUCCCCAUCCAACACGCACAAAUCUGCUUCAGCCCCGCGCACCCUGUCUCGCAAAAGCUCUCGGAACGAGGUUUUGCCGUCGCCCGGUUUGGGCUCGAGGAGGGCGUCGUGGCAGGACUCAAAAAGAAAAACUGUAAAGGAAAGGGAGGCUGAGUGCGACGAUGAAGACGAUGAGCUUCCCGAGGAUGCUGUCAUUUGGAAUAUCCCCAUCUCGCCACGUCCCACCAUGGAUCGGUCGCCCGAGUCCUGGGUUGGCGAGAGCCCGCCUUUGGCGUCACCCAACCCUGAUGCCUUGGUGUCCUCGUCUUCAAGGUCGUCCAGGACUUCUCCUGCGCCUUCUGUAUCGCGCGUUUCCCAGAGGACUCCUUCCCCAAACGUUUCCAGUAGAGGCGUAUCUCCGCAGUCGGCGACACAGCAGAACACGUGGGUAGAGACGUACACAGCACUAGACACAGAUGCCAAGUUUCUCACCGGAAAACUGGAAGAAUUCCAAUCUGAGAAGGAGCGAAAGCAAGAAAUUUCGAGACAACAGCCCGGUCUUACACGAUCAGCAUCCUUAAGUCAGCCAGAACCCAAGAGCAAAAAGCCGGCACUCCCACCCGUCCGCAAGAGCGAUCCUCUGAUCGAUCCUUUUCAGCCAUCGGUUGAGAAGCAAAAGUAUCUCUCGCGGACCCGACCUUCAUGGCUUCCUCCCAAGAACCCCAAGGAAGAGAAGAAGCACCUCAAGGAGUACCAGCGCAUGUUGGCUCGCAUCGAGGAAGCUGAACGUCUCGAGGCUCAACGCGCCCAAGAAGAGGCCAUAGCUCGUGAAAAGGCCUCUCGCAUCAAGGCAGAGUAUUGGUCGAGCUUACUGUUACCAAAUUGGGCCACUGAGAUGACAAAUCCAGAACUUCGCGCCUCACACAGGAAGAUGUGGUGGAACGGAAUCCCACCACGGUUGCGAGGCCAGGUUUGGCAGAUGGCAAUCGGAAAUGAUCUCGAGGUCACGGAAGCAACGUAUAACAUUGCCUUGGAGAAAGCACGCAAGGAAGUCAAGACGCAUGGUCACGAAGCGCUCGGAGGCCGUUAUGUCUACAUUGUCGAAAGCACCCAGGCCGUGUUCCCGGUCCUCAAGAUGUUCUCCGCACGGACAUCACAGGAGGCAGAGGACGAGCAACCGCUACAUCGAGACCUUGUCGAUGUAUGCCUAGCUUACUCGAUGUACCGCCCAGACAUCCCGCACUCAAAGUUCGACAUACAUCACAUCGCCGCAUUGCUCCUGUUGAACCAAGGCGCGCCGCAAGCCUUCAUCACUCUGUGCAACCUGCUCAACCGUCCUUUACCUCUGUCUUUCCUCAUCCACGAUCAAAACGCCAUACAUGCCGCCUACUCCACAACCCUUCACGUUCUGUCGAAGAAAGCACCCAGUUUGGCACAACGAUUAGAGACGCUGCGAGUCGAACCCAGAGACUACCUCUUCCACACACUCGGCUCCUUGUUCUGCGGUCGUCUGGGUGUCGAACAUGCUGCGCGCAUCAUGGACAUAUACACGAUCGAGGGCGACAAGAACCUUCCGCGGGCUGCAGUCGCCAUACUUAGUAUACUAGAAGGCAGCUGUAUGGAAGGUGACGCGGCGCAAGUUGCGAAGAUACUGCGGGAAAAGAAGAUUGACCUUGAUGUCGACGACUUCAUGACCAAAGUUUUCGAGGCGGGCAAGAGCUCGUAGUGUAACAUCGCUAGUGCUGGUUGCUGUAGUGGUCACUAGUAGCAAUCAGAAAGUAUUAAUAUCGCAUUGUACAGCUGAAGGAAUAAUGGUAUAAUCAACAGAAAGGAAAGGAGACGGGACAGAGAGACAGAGGACAGAAAAAGGUCGAUGAUAUACGAAGACUCAUGCAGCGCGAUUUUGAGCUGAACACAUCACUGGUUAAUCCCUUUCUUUGCAUACAAUGGCGUUCUCGAUUUCCUUGCGUUCUGCAUACAUGGAGUUUUGCUAUCAGCAUCAAAGGCCUGUUCGCCAUACAAACAAUUUCCUAACCAUCUUGUAUAUACAACGUAACUCUUAGAUCUUGGAGGAAAGCGAAAGCCCAAUGGUGAGCAGAUGAGGUAGAGAAUAUAUUACCAUCAAGC